UGUGGAAGUGCAUGUUCCUUCUCUUCAAUCUGGUCACCACAUGCUGAAUUUUGUUGUCUACUUUUAUCGUUUCUAUUGAAUAUUCAAGGGAUCAUAAGAUAAUUAUGAAUGUGAUGAAUUCAAUUUAUUUCCAAUGAAGAAUAUUAAUUUUUGUGACUGGUAUUUUGUAUGCUAUAAUGAAGUAAUAUGUUUUUAUUUUUAUUUUUAUUUUUUGGCUUUUUUUACAGGCAUUCAAAUUCAGUAACCAUUGCUUCAUGGAAGCUCUCAAGCUUGGUGGGUAGGUUGAGCACCAUAAGCAGUCACCUCAGGCGGCAGGUGGAUGCUUGUUAUAAGUUGAUAGAGACAAAGAUGCAUAACAAGCUCUUGGAUCUCUCUAAGGAGAGCCACAUUGAUAACCAAGAGGUGCUUGAGAUGUUGUUUGCUUUGAAGGAUAGCUUGCCUCUGAAGGAUUCUUCCUCCCAAGCAAAGAUUGCGUUGUCUGAACUGAAAAGCAAGGUAGUGAUACUCUUGGUCUCAAGGCCAGAACUCCUCCCUAUAGAAGUGUUACUCUUGCUGGUGUAA